GCAGGCAGCGAGCCAAGUAAACCGUCCGAGGCGAGCCCCACCUCCGCGUUCACACGCUGGGAGGGGAGGCAGGGACGAGCGAGCGAGUACAAGGGCAAUCCAAUCCCACCCCUCGUUUCGAUUCGCGCCAUGGAGGCGCAGGCGCAGCACAGGGCGGAGGAGGGCGAGGCCGCCGCGCGGCAGCACGCAGUGGGGGCGGGGGGCGUGACGGCGGCGGCGGGGGUGGCGAUGGGCGCGAUCCCCAUGCACGGGUUCAUGGUCCCGAAGCCGGAGCCGGUGGAGUACUUCGGCGGGAUGGCGGUGGUGCGCAGCAAGCCGCCGCCGCGGAACCGCGACCGCCACACCAAGGUGGAGGGCCGCGGGCGGCGGAUCCGCAUGCCGGCGGCGUGCGCGGCCAGGAUCUUCCAGCUCACGCGGGAGCUAGGGCACAAGUCGGACGGCGAGACCAUCCGGUGGCUGCUGCAGCAGUCGGAGCCCGCCAUCAUCGCCGCCACCGGCACCGGCACGGUCCCGGCGAUCGCGACCACCGUCGACGGCGUCCUCCGCAUCCCCACGCAGUCCUCCUCCUCCUCCAGCCCCUCGUCCCUCGCCAUGGUCGCCGACGGCGAGGAGUCCUCCGCCAAGCGCCGCCGGAAGCUGCAGCCCACGCGCGCCGCGGCGGGCGCGUCCCCGCUCGCCACCGCGGCGCCCGCGGCCUACUACCCGGUCAUCGCCGACCCGCUCCUGCAGGGCACCGGCGGGGCGGCCAUCUCCGUCCCGAGCGGCCUCGCCCCCAUCACCACUGGGCCCGGCGCGCCCCAGGGGCUCGUCCCGGUCUUCGCGGUCCCGGCCGCCGGCAGCCCCGGCGGCGGCGCCAACCGCAUGAUCCCGCAGGCCACCGCGGUGUGGAUGGUCCCGCAGCCCGGCGCCGCGGCGGGGGGCGCGGCCGCGCAGCCCACGCAGUUCUGGGCCAUCCAGUCCGCGCCGCAGCUCAUCAACCUCGGCGGCGCGCAGACCGCCGUGUUCCCGACGGCGGUGAACGUCGCCGACUUCCAGCACCAGCAGCAGCAAGCCUCCACCAUGUCGCACAGCAGCAACUCGGCGGAGCAGCACCAGCUGCACCUGCAGCACCCGGGGUCCGGGCCCCACGAGCAGCGGCGCGGCGGCCGGAGCGACGUGGACCACCCGGAGGAGGACGAGGACGACGACGACGAGGAGCCGGUGUCCGACUCCAGCCCGGAGGAGUAGCGCGCGGCCGCCGCACGCCCGGAAAGUCCAACCCACAAAGCUUUGGUUCCUUUCCCUCUAAUUUAAUUAAUCUUUUGCCCCCUUUCGCAAUCCUCCUCCUUAUGAUGAACUAGUAAUUACGCGAUGCUCAGGCAGCCGUGUGUGCGUGCGCGCUUUCCGUCUUAGGCUCAGGCUCAGUGACCCAGUGUUAGUGGUAGGAGCAGAAGAAGAUGAAGAAGCAUGUAAUGCAAAUGGAAUUAGCAGCUGAUUUGUUCACUUAAUUAACGAUCCUUUCCUAA